UGCGAAGUUUUAUAAGUGAUCCAAUUUUGGAUAUUGUUGAUAUACAACAAUUUGAAAAAGUGUCUAUAUCAAUAAUUAGCGUGAACCACAAAUACAGACCAAAAAACCCAACAAAAAACUACUCCUUUUUAAAACGCGACUUGUUAUGUUUAAUUUUUUUAAUAUAACAAAAGCGCAAUCGAAUUGAACAGCAAAGCUGCAAAUGUAACCGAAACAGCAACAAAAACAAAAACAACAACAACAACAACAACAACAGUUGCUGGCCGAAAGCUUUGAUUUUUGCAUGGCCUAGCUCAUUUUUCUUCAAACUCCUUUUUUUUAAUGAACCCAACGAAUACUACUAGAAACCUCCGCAUCUCCGGCACUCAUCUAGACAAUUUCAAAAGAAAUAUAACCUUUGACAAUAAUAUCAUUAGGAUAUAUCGCUAAUGAAACUUGACACCUCCGGCAACAACUAAUCGAAUUUGAUGGCCCUGCUUGGUGCGUGGGUGGCAAUAAAUUAGAGAUCUAAAAUAUCUUUUAUUGAUAUCGACCAUGAUGAUUUUGGUGUUGUGACGAUGAUGAUGAUGAUGAUGUUGUUGACCGAUAGACCAGCACAAAAACGACAGCAAGCUGCCAUGUGAGACGAGAGACGAGCGACUAGAGACAUUGUGUCAGUCAAACACUAUACAUAUGCAUAUCGAUUCUUAGACAGAGAGAGAGAGAGAGAGUGAGAGAUAGAGAUAGAGAGCAAUAACAGACAGUGCACUGAGCAAAUAUCGAGAGACAAGCGAAGCGUAGCAUAAACAGCGCCAUGGAGACCGAGUCCAUGGAGCAGGAUGUUAUGCUGGACGGCAACGAAGAUCUGAUGUCGACAUCAAAUACAUCCACAAAUGGCGGUGCCUACGACACAAAUGGAUGCGCCAAGAAAACGACCAUAACAUCGCCCGAUCGGACAUCGUAUGUGGCAAAGGCGCGUGUUACGCGUCCCACGCCCCCGCCACCCUCAAAGAAUCCCAUGCAAUUUGUGCAGAGUAAGCCAUGCAAUUUAUAUCAGACGGCACAGCAACAGCUCAAAAAGGCCGAGGAGGUCAAAAAGCUGAAGGAGGUGCAGAAAGAGGAGCCCGAGGAGUGGCAGAAUAACCUUGACAAUUGGAAAUCAUCUCGGCGAAAACGUGUCGAACAUAUCAUCGACCGUGCGGUCGAAACGAAGAAACUCGAACUUGAGGAACAUGAUCGCAUGCGACGAAAAUCGAAAACAUUUACCGAAAUGAUGGAGGAGCGGGCCGAACGUGGACCGCGUGGACGUGUUAAGCUGGCGAACCUGGCCGUCUACAACGAGGAUGAGGCGAAUGAUUUGAGCGAUUUGGGUAUCGGCACGAGCAGCGCCAGUGGCAAAAGCAGUUUAUCGGAAGAUUAUGAUAACAACAGCGUUAUGAGUGACAAUGCCGAUUUGGACAGGGCCAUUGGCAGCGCCGGUGCCGGCAGCAUUGAACAGCAACAGAAUCACAUCAAUAGAAACCGUAUGGGAAAUGGCAGCGCCAACCAGGCGAGCACAUCGAAUGCCGGCAAGGUGCAGCCGGUCAGUGCCGCCGCAGCAGCCACGCGGGAAUACAUCUCAUCGCCGGGCUAUGACACCUCGUCGAGCACGGCGCCGGCCAGCUCACCGGAUCCCUGUGAGUACACCUACGAGGGCGCCAUACAGGACUACAAGCAGCGUGUGCAGCGUGCCAGCAGCAAUGGAAAAAUCUCCAACAACAAUGCAUCGGACAAUGGUGAAACUAUUGCGUAUCCGACACGACGUGGCAGCAAGAUCGAGGAUCGCCUGAGCGGCUUUGAGGUGACCUCGCCCAGCGACACGCAGGAAGGUGUCGAGAAGCAAAAAGUGGAUGUACCCAAAGUGGAUAUCUCGAAGCGCAAAGAGAUCUUCGAGCAGCGAGACAAUGAGCCAAAGCCAAUGUUGCCCAAUGGAGCAGCACCCAAAGUGGUGCUCCGCGACCGUCUCCACAAUGGCAAUGGAGUCACCACAUCUGUCGAGACCGCAGCCAAACAGGAGACGAAGCGUCUAUCGGGUGACAUCAGCAGCAUACGCGAUCGCAUGCAGAGCCUGGAGCAUCAGCGCAAUGCGUUCAACUCCAGCAAGAGCGUGGAUGUGCCAGUGCCGCCAUUGAAGCAGCGCCUCAACAGCCUGCAGUAUGCCGUCACCAAAGAGGAGGAACAGCAUCAAAAGAAACCGCCGCUGGUCGCGCUCAUCGAUGCCCGCCAGCUAGAAAUUAUGCGCGGCGAGGAGCAGCGCAUGCGUCAACAGCAGCAGCAACAGCAGCAGCAGCAACUGCAAAAGGAGCAAUUGCAGCAACAACAGCCACUGCAGCACAAAGUGACAGCGCCGCCGGCGCUAGUUGUGGAUGAGCCACCAUCGGUGGCACACGAUGACAGCGGCAUACAGGCGGACAACAAUGAAGAGCUGCUCAAGGAUCAGCAGCAACAACAGCAAUUGAACGAGGCCAUCGCAGCGCUGGCCCUCGAGGAACGUCAGCUGGAGGAGGCCGCCAAUGCGGUCAAUCAAAUCGAAGCCGAGUUUGAUGAGCUUACCGAUCUGCAUCCGGCCGCGUUGCCCGCUGCCAAUUCACAUGCACCAAAAGCUGUAGCAACAGCAACAUCAGCAGCCACCUCAGCAGCAGCAGCAAAAACAACAGCCCCCCAAGCAACAAUGACAACAGCACAGCCAGCACCAGCUGCGGCACGGGACAUGGAAUUUAGUGUAAGUUCUACUAACAAUUUUCUCGAAUCCGCUAUGUUAAGUCCACGUAGUGUCAGUGAUGAUAAUGUUGUAGUAGCUUCAGUUUCCAAUGCGGUGUCGGGUCAACCCAAGCAAAUUAUCUAUCCCAAUCCCUAUACCAACCCAAACCCAAACCCAAAUCCAAGCCAAAACAAUUGUAACUUGCGUAGAAAGCCCUCCAAUGAAAUGGUUCAUGCGCGCAAUUUGCUUAAAAUGUUCAAGGACACCUUUCAAAAUGACGAUGAACUGAGCGAAACCGCCGAACAGACACUCUCAGCUCAAUCCCCCCCGCCUGGUCAAUUUAGUCAAGUCUUUGACUUUACCAAGAAACCAUCGAGCCCAAUACCAGCACCGGCACCAGCACCGACUCCCAUCCAGAACCCUGAACAAAGUGUGCGUCACGUUCCAAACGCUGCAGCACCACCAUCACCACAAACACCACCUUCGACCUCUGUCUCAGUCCCACAUACACAAAUACCACGACCAUUGGGCAAACCGCCCAUGUCACCCAAGGCGGUGCGUUCAAAGCCAACAAACACGCCACAACAGUUCAGCAUUAAUGGACGCGUUGAGAUCUUCAAUUCACGCCAGCUGGAUAAACCGCCAACGCCACCACCCAGACGUGCCUUCAGAGCAGAACCCGAAAUGAAUUCAUUUUCACAUGGCCCACAAACACCGAUACAUGUGCCGGAGGUGGUGAUGUGUGCACCACCCGUUACCAUUGUCCCAGCCGAAGAGCUGCCCAAACCCAAUACGGUCAAGGCAUUGUCCAGCUGCUUUGGCGAAUCCGCAACAGCAAGGGUUCCGGGUAGUCCAAUUGCACAUCGUACGCCGACCUCGCCCGGCACUUCAACUACCAGCAUGUCACCCACUUUGGGCUACAUGCGCGCAACGUGUAUAUCACCCACACCAACAACAAGUGUGACUUUCUGUCCGACGACUUCGGGUGUUGGUGGACAGACGUCUCCAACUCCAUUGCCCAAGCCGUUGGCACGCAGUCGCAUACCGCAGAUAACGCCACCGGCUUCGCCCAAGCCAAACAGACGCACUGCACCCGCUAUUGAUGUUGUGGAGCAUGCGCUGAGCGAUCGCAGCUCGGGUGACUAUGCGCCCAUCAUGGGACAGACACAAGCCGUGGUGCACACGCCACCAGUAGCCAAGGUGCGCGCUAAGCCGCCGCCGUCAAGUACGCUCAGCAUUGAUCCGCUGGCGCCCAAUGACUCACUGCAUGUGGAGGUGACUUCGCCCUCGGAGAUGCCAGUGCUGCGCAUCUGCACGCCCAAUGAGUCCAGCCUGUUCAAGCUGGCGGGUUCAGCGCCCACAUCGCCCGGCUCGGCGGACCCGGCCGCAUUCGAAGUGGCGCUGUGUCAGCAGUUUCUGGAACGUGAGUCGAACAAGCAACAGUUCCAACUGCCGCCUGACGAUCUGGAGCGUUUGGAGCUGGGAGCCGUUGAGGAGGUGCUCUGUGAUAAACUAGACGUGGUCAAGUUACCCAAGUUGCCCAGCACCGGUUGUCAGACAAUAAGUCAGCAGCAGCUAGAUAGUUGCGAUGGCAUAAUCAAGGAGCAGCAACCACAUUUGACAGCACCCAAGGAUGAGGAUGUGGCACUGUGCGUUGGCCUGCUCGACUGCCUGGCACCGGCUCAGGAGCCCAGCUGUGAGAGCAUCGAUGUCCGGCAAAAGCCAGUACCGGCAACGGGUUACCAGGACAUAACUGAUGCGGAUAUCAGGCGCUGUGAUGGCUGGCAGGGAAUCAAGGAUUUCAAGAGCGGCAACAAGCCAAGCUCACCCAUUGGGGAUGCGCGUGCCGCACACUCCAAGGCGCUAAUGGACACUUGCGAGCAGAUAAUUGCCGAGGAACGCUUGGCCAGCAGCCAAAUGAUGAAGACAUCCCUGCCCGACGGAAGUGCCACGAGCAAUACGAAAUCACCAACAGGCUCUACACCAGGAACGCCGAUGGCGAGUCGCAAAUCAAAGAUACCCAUACCCAAGUCCUGUUGCAUAUCUGCUUCCAAUACGGACUCCAUUGGGCGGACAGGUUACCUGCCCGUGAGCUCCACCACUGAGCAGCCGCUCAUAGCGCGCACUCAGGUGGUGGAGACAGAGAUUAACGUUAAGCAGAUGACUCCGCCCAGUUCACCAAAGGCAGCAAGGGAGGAUGGUCAGGAGAAGAACAAGGCCAAGGAGAAGAAGUCUAAAACGAAUAUAUUUGAUUUUUUGCGUCGCAAUUUCGGUCACCACGAGGAGUCGCCGGCAAUUAAACAAGCCCAUCCCACACUCAAUGAAACCCUCGAGCCUAAGGUGGUGCUCACCAGCACCCGCAGCGGCGUCGAUGUGGUCAAUGCGGAUGAGUUUGGAAAGGCGGACAGCUCGAAAUUCUAUUUGGACAAUACUGAGGCGGUGCCUCCUCCGCUACCCACAACACCAGCUCCUGUGAACAUUGAGAUACGUAAAACCAUCACCACAGACGAGAUCCUCGAGGAGCACAACACGGAACAGGCAUUGAGCCAGGAAAUAAGCGACCUGCUCGAUGAUGAGCUUAACAAACUAGAGGCGGCGGGGGCGGCGGGGGCGGCGGUUGGUGCUGGUCGCUGAAUAGCACGACAAUUUAACUGAUUUUGUUUAGGGAAUACUUGAAAACUAUCUGGGGUCUUAAGGGGCAUAUAAGAUGAUUUUUGUUAAAUAGCUGCCGAAAUUGUCUGAAAGUUAUCUCGCUUUGAAUAUACUCGUCGCAGAACAAAAAUGAAAUUUGAAAUUAAUUAAUAUGAGAUUUUGUAUUGACAUUAUAAUAAUAAUAAAAAUAAAAUACUCUUAAACUGGACAAUCUGAUCCUGACGACUUCUGAACUUGUCCGAACGGUUUCAUCAAUUGAUACACCCUUUUAAAGUUGUGUAGAAAACGUAUCGACUCAAAAUCAAAAAACUCGAAUUAAUUUCCAAUGGUUUUCUCGAAACAUGAUUUAUCAAUAAUUUUCGAAUUUUUAUUUCUUAACAAAUAUACUUUUUGUUGUGGGGCUCAAGCUACGUAAGCUACAGUUACUUUUUAUUUCAUUGUUCUUAUUACUAAACCCAAUUUUAUGUAUAAAAAACGAAAUUUAAUUUACGUAAAGAAAAAUGU